AUGGAGCGAGCCGCGGCCGGGGAGUGCGUCAAGGUGGUCGUUCGAUGUCGCCCUCUGUUCGGGAAAGAGCUCAAGGAAGGCCGCGGAGAGAUCGUCGAGUGCGACCCGUCGCGCGGGGAGAUGCGCAUACGCAACCCGAGGUCGAGCGGCGACCCGCCGAAGCAGUUCACGUUCGACCAGGUGUACGACGCGCGGCACUCGCAGCUCGAGAUCUUCGAGGCGACCGCGCUGCCGAUCGUUCGCGCCGCGAUGGAAGGGUACAACGGCACGAUCUUCGCGUACGGGCAGACGGGGACGGGGAAGACGCACACGAUGGAGGGCAGGACGAACGUGAAGGAGGAGCGGGGGAUCAUACCGAACGCGUUCGAGACGAUCUUCGCGGACAUCGACGCGGGGGACGGGACGAACAAAAACUUUUUAGUGCGCGCGUCGUACUUGGAGAUUUACAACGAGGACGUGCGAGACUUGCUCGGGAAGGACCAGAAGAAGCCGUGCCAGCUGAAGGAGCACCCGGACACGGGCGUGUACGUGAAAGACUUGACGACGUUCGUGGUCAAGUCCGUGGAGGAGAUUGAGAAGGUGCUCGCGGUGGGGAAGAAGAACCGAAGCGUCGGCGCGACGGCGAUGAACGCGGACUCGUCGCGGUCGCACUCGAUAUUCACCAUCACGAUCGAGACGAGCGAGGUGGAGGAGGGCGCCGCGGAUGAGGACGCGCGGAUCCGCGUCGGGAAGUUGAACUUGGUGGAUUUGGCGGGAAGCGAGCGGCAGGGGAAGACGGGGUCCACGGGCGACCGGCUGAAAGAGGCGACGAAGAUUAACUUGUCGCUGAGCACGCUGGGGAACGUGAUAUCGUCGCUGGUGGACGGGAAGAGCACGCACGUUCCGUACAGAGAUUCGAAACUGACGCGUCUGCUCGAGGACUCGCUCGGGGGUAACACGAAGACGGUCAUGGUGGCGAACAUCGGCCCCGCGGAUUACAACUUCGAGGAGACGAUGAGCACGCUGCGGUACGCGAACAGGGCGAAGAACAUCAAAAACAAGCCGCGCAUCAACGAAGACCCGAAGGACGCGAUGUUACGCGAGUUCCAGGAAGAGAUCGCGCGUCUGAAAGCGCAGCUCGGCGAAGGCGCCGGCGGCGGCGUCGGACCAGACGGCGAGCCGAUCCGACGGCGGCGCAGAGAGCAAAGGGUCGUCGAGAAGACGGUGAACCAAGUCUCGGACGCGCGCUUGGACGCGAUUCGCGAAACCGUGCGACGCGAGAUGGAAGAAAACCACGAGAAGGGCCUCGAGGCCGCGGAGGCGGAGAAAGCGCAGAAGAUCGUCCGCGAGCGCGCGAACGAGGCGAUGCAGCGGCUCAUGGAGGAGAAGACGCGCACGGAGGAAGAGCGCGCGGAUCUGGAGAUGGAGUUUAAGAAGCAGCAAGCGGAGGCGAGCGAACGCUUCGCCGCGUUGCAAGCGGAGAAGGACGCGCAGAAAGUGCUGGAGGAUAAGCUCGCGUCGAUGCAGGCGAAAGUCAUGCGCGGCGGGACCAACUUGCUGGACCAAGAAGAGCGACUGCGGGAGGAACAGAGGCGGCAGGCGGACCAGCUCGCGAAGAUCGCAGCGCAAGAGGCGGAGGCGUCGCGGCGUAUGAAGGAGCUUCAAGAGAUUCAGACCAUCACCGGGGACGAGUACAGAACGUUAGACGAGGAGAUCGAGACCAAGGCGAGCAAGACGCGCAAGCUGUACGACGCGUACCAGCGCGUCGUCGCGGACACGAAGGACCUGGACUUGGAGUUCGAGCGCGAGCGCGAGGACUUGCUGGAUUCGAUACGCGCGCUGACGCGUGAGAUCAAGUUGAAAAAUUUAGUCCUGGACGCGUUCGUGCCGCCGGAUCAGAUCGCGGUCUUAUCGCGCGCGGCGACGUGGGACGCGCGCGAGGAGGCGUGGCACGUGCACGGCGCGGCGUACUCGGGGAACGCCGCGCGCGCGCGGCGAGAAGCCGCCGCGAAUCCGAAUCCGAAUCCAGCGCUCGUCGCCGCCACGGCGUCGGACUCGGAGAAACUGAAGCUGGCGUACUUGAAGUACAAGGAGACCGUGCCCGGCGCGGAGGACGGCGGCGGAUCCGGAUCCGGAUCCGGAUCAUCGGCGCGGCCGGGCACGGCAAAGUCUCGAGGUCGGCCGGGCAGCGCGCGCCCGAUGUCGAGCUCGGGGCGGAGAAAGGAGGAGAAGCGAGCCGCCGUGGGGAUCGGACGGCUGAGCGACGAGAUGGCGACCGCGAGCUUAUCGCGCGACGAGAUCUUCCCCGAGCCCAGAGGCUUCGUCUCGCGGCGGUAAGCCGCGAUGAGUAAGUAGACUACCACAGUACGCCGCGAGGACUCUUCGGAGGCGAACAGUCUAGCUAGCUCGUCUACGUGAACUGAAGAGAUCUGUUCU